AUGGUGUUCGGUCAGGUGGUGAUCGGCCCGCCGGGCUCCGGCAAGACCACCUACUGCAACGGCAUGUCGCAGUUCCUCUCCCUCCUCGGCAGGAAAGUUGCGGUUGUCAAUUUGGAUCCUGCAAAUGACGCAUUGCCAUAUGAAUGUGCCAUCAACAUUGAGGACCUCAUAAAACUCAGUGAUGUCAUGGCUGAGCAUUCGCUUGGCCCAAAUGGAGGGCUUGUGUAUUGCAUGGAUUACUUGGAGAAGAAUAUUGAUUGGCUUGAAGAAAAACUGAAGCCUCUUAUUGAAGAUCACUAUCUGUUAUUUGAUUUUCCUGGCCAAGUGGAACUUUUCUUCCUUCACUCAAAUGCAAGAAGUCUGACUGCAAUUCACCUUAUCGAUGCCCAUUUAUGCUGUGAUCCUGGAAAGUAUGUCAGUGCUUUGCUUCUUUCACUAUCAACGAUGCUACACUUGGAAUUGCCACAUAUCAAUGUCUUGUCAAAGAUUGACCUCAUUGAGAACUAUGGAAAUUUAGCAUUCAACCUUGAUUUCUACACUGAUGUCCAAGAUCUUUCUUAUUUGCAAUAUCAUCUUGAGCAGGAUCCUCGCUCAGCCAAGUACAGGAAACUGACUAAGGAGCUCUGUGAUGUGAUUGAUGAUUUUGGUUUAGUCAAUUUUUCAACUUUGGACAUCCAGGACAAGGAAAGUGUUGGCAAUCUUGUGAAGCUGAUUGACAAGAGCAACGGAUAUAUAUUUUCUUCUAUUGACAGUAGCGCUGUUGAGUUCAGCAAAAUUGCAGCGGCGCCUCUUGAUUGGGACUAUUACAGAUAUCCUUUACUUGUUCUUUUAAUAAUUUUCGCAAACAAGUCUUUUACCGCCUGUAAUUUCUGUGUUAUCUUCAAUGGCCCAGAUGCACACUAUCAAACCACUUGCUUGCAUAGCAAGCAUGUGGUGACUGGAUCGCAAGUCAAACUAUGCGGAAUUGCAGCCAAAAUAUAUGCUGUUGCACUUGGUCUUGUGCACCAAUAUCUUGCAAAUUGCCUUUCUUUCCUUGACGUGUGGAUACAACAGCAGAAGUGCAGGAGAAGUACAUGA